AUGGAAGACCAGAAACUUAAAAAAACAGCUGGACGAGAGCAGGCGAUAAAGCAUUUUCAAGAAGAAGGCUAUGAAAGAGAGCUUAGAAAAGUGAUGGUGGCUAUUUAUAAUAGAGAAAAAGAUUCAGAGUUUUCAGUUAAGGAUGGGAUGAAAUAUAGGGAUUUUGAAGAGGUUUGAAAAGGAAAUAUGGAGUUUGGGCAAUUUAAGGGGAAAGACUAUAUUGUUUUGAGAAAAUUAUGAAUGAGAUAUGGAAAGAGAAUGAGGCAUGGGAGAAUUCAAAAAACCACCAUAGAGUGGGAACUUCGGAGUCGUCUGAUAGUAGUGCGAAAAAAAUAGCAAAGCCGAAGCUGGUAGAAACUUCGAGUACUUCAACAUUGAAAAAAUCGUCAGGGAGUUUAUUUUUAAGAAGUGAGCAAGAAAUUGCUAUACCUUAUUAAAAUAUUUUAUAUAUAAGAAUUUUUUAGAUAUUUAUUUAUAAGAAAUAGCAUAGCUUUUCAGAAUUUUCACAAACACCUAAAGGUAGUUUCGGACGAGCGAAAAGAAUGAAUUAUGAAGUAAAAAAUCCAACACCAGGUCCUGCAGCUUAUAGAGUGGAUGACUCCUUGCUUAAAAGCAAGUCUCCAAAAGCUGUGAUGCCGUCUGGAGGAAAACGCUUUAAUUUUGUAAUUAACCCAGAUACUCCAGGCCCAAAUCAAUACUAUCCUUCAAGACGAUGUGUCUCAAAAUUUUAA